AUGGAAGAUGGGGCGCAGGCCAACCCCAAAGAGUUCAGGAAGAAGGAGCCGGUUAGCCAACUGGCCCGGAAGGCUCUGGGACGGAGGAAGAGUGCCCCAGAUCAAUACCUCCCUUCUUUCUGGAGGUCCACCAGGACCAUUCCAGGCAUGAAGAAAUUCUUUACGUUUGCCAUCCUGGCGGGCAGUGUGUUGCCAGUGGUGCACGGGGGCCUCCUCAACCUGAAGUCGAUGGUGGAGGCCAUCACGGGGAGAAACGCCAUCCUCUCCUUCGUGGGGUACGGCUGCUACUGUGGCCUGGGGGGCCGAGGGGUGCCCAUGGAUGAAGUGGACUGGUGCUGUCACGCCCACGACUGCUGUUACCAGAAGCUGUUCGACCAGGGCUGCCACCCAUUCGUUGACCGUUACGAGUACACCAUCGAAAACCAGACCAUCCUCUGCAGUGAGUUAAAUGAGACGUACUGCGACAAGCAGACGUGCGAGUGUGACAAGAGCGUGGUGCUCUGCCUCCAGAACCAGACGUACAAUGAGGAGCAUCGCAGCUACCUCAACACCUACUGCGAGGGAAAGACCCCCAACUGCAGCAUCUACGACCCCCCCAGCAUCGAGAUGGCCUGCAGUCACAUCACCAGGCUUCCUUCCCCGCCAACUUAAGGAAAGGAAUGACUCUGUUCCUUGGCACAGAGUCAGCCUGGUGCCUCUCUUGGGACCCACAGCC